ACCCAGUAAUCCUACCUCUGGUUAUUAAAGGGAAGUAAUUCAGUAUAUAUUAAUGAAACUGAUCUUAUAGUUCUGAUCUUUAUAAUAAGUUACAAGAAAAUGGUUUAAUAUGUAUGUGUGUAUAUUUACUUGAAGUUGAAAUAUGAAGGCUAAAAAACCGGGAAGAUAUUUAAAUUGGUGUUAAAACAGCAUUUAAAAUGACUACAAUUAUGAGAACACAUGUAUGCCAAUACAGAUUCACUGGAAAAAUACUAAAAAUGGAAACUGUCAGAUGGUAAGAUUAUAGAUCAUUUUAUUUCCUUUUUAUUUGAAAUAAGUUGGUACAGCACAACUUUUCAAAAGCUUCUAUAAAUGUGUAUGCCAAGUUGUAAUAAAGCAAACAUAUGCAUAUAGACAUGCUUAAACAGUUAUUCUUUCUUAGGUACCUGGGGAGAUUGGGAUGAAGAAAGGGGGGCAACUUGAAUGAAGGUGGAGGAGAAAAAUGACAGAAAAGAAAGCAAAGGAUUGCAAAGCUCAGUGUGGCAGCAGCCUCUCUUCCCCUCCUGAGAGAGUCAAAGGGUGGCACCAGGGACUCAUGAUCCAUGGCUGUGGAAGCCUCAUGUCACACUGGAUGUCACAUGAGGUGGGAUGGAACACAGUGACCACUCUACCUCAUUUCCUUUACAGUUUCCGUGCUGGGCCAUGGCAGUGAACAGCCUUCAGGCAUGUCUACAGUGGAAGAUCUGAAUUCAGGCUGGUGACAGGAGACAACACAACCACAUUUUCUUCUAUGCAUACAUUUGGUUUCAUUGACACAUUAACCACAGACAAAGGGUUAAAGGCCACAAGGCGUUAGGUUACUAUGAACAGGGAAAAGGGACUUUUUUUUUUUUUUUAAAGAAAAUAAAAAGCAUCAGUAUUGCAAAGACUUUCCGUGAUCCCACACCCACCUCAAAAGCCCCCUCUCACCACAGGAAGUGCGCUGACCAUUGGAGGCAUAAAAGAGGUCCUCAAAGAGCCUGAUCCUCACUCUCUCCCUGCCCAGCUCAGCAGGACCUCAGCCAUGAGACUUCUCAUCUUGGCCCUUCUUGGCAUCUGCUGUCUCACUGCAUACAUUGUGGAAGGUGUAGGGAGUGAAGUCUCAGAUAAGAGUACCUGUGUGAGCUUCACUAUCCAGCAACUGCCAGUUAACAGAAUCAAGACCUACACCAUCAAGGAAGGCUCCUUGAAAGCAGUAAUUUUUAUUACCAAACGUGGCCUAAAAGUCUGUGCUGAUCCACAAGCCAGGUGGGUGAAAGACGUGGUCAAGAGCAUGGACAGGAAAUCCAACACCAGAAAUAACAUGAUCCAGACCAAGCCAACAGGAACCCAGCAAUCGACCAAUACAGCUGUGACUCUGACUGGGUAGUAGCCUCUGGCACCCUGUCCCUCUCCAGCCAGCCAGCUCAUUUCACUUCACACACUCAUGGACUGAGUUUAUACUCACCUUUUAUGAAAGUAUUGCAUGAAUAAAAUUAUUCCUUUGUAUUUUUACUUUUAAAUGUCUUCUGUAUUCACUUAUAUGUUCUAAUUAAUAAAUUAUUUAUUAUUAAGAAUA